AACAAGAAAGAAUUAGAAAGAACAAGAAAUAGUAAGAAAAACAGGAACCCCAAAAAACAAAAGGAAUAAUAAAGAACAAAAAUAAAAACGAAUAACAAAAAAAAUAACAAAAAGAACAAAAAAUAAUAAGUUCAUUUUUCUCUCUUUCAUCUUAUUCUAGUUUUUUUUCUAUCAUAUUUUUUUAAUAGAUUCUUACCCACCACAGGUUCAGGGGGCAAACGGUACGGAGAUGCGCACUGAAGCCACGCGCACCCAUAGACUAGGCACCUAACCUUACCUAAUCUUCCCCCAUAACAGAUGACAAAGAGAGGCUACCCUAACACAACUGAUACUGACGACGCUGCUGCUGGCGAAGACGAAGGGUACAGUGCCCACAUCGAAGUCCCAGGUCACCACAAGGACGCUCGGGGGUUGUUGUACCACGUGAAGCACCUCAAAUCGACCCGGGUAGUGACGGUGAAGGACACGAUCACGAAGUAUCUCACCUGUACAGCCUCCAAACCACCUUAUCUCCCCUACUGUCGUGAGCAUCGAGCCUUCACCCCCAUCGCUAUACCCUUACACAGGACACAGCCGCCACCAGCCUCCACAAGGGCAUCGGUGGGCCAGCUUGAGGCGUCCCUUCCGCAGCGCACGGCGGCGGGAAGGUUCCUGGCGAAGGUUCACCACACACACGUCGAGACCUACACGGACACCCACGUCCACACGCACACGGACUACCGCUCCACCGUGACCCUGAUCUACAACGGGUGUGUGCCGCACGAUGCCCCCAAGGUCCCGGAGUGCCCCGAGCCGCACAAGACCCACGCGGGCCACUUCAAGCCUUGCGUGGGCGUGUGUGAAGGGCACUGCCGCGGGGUGUGCGACGGGAACUGCUUCGGCACGUGCGAUGUGGUGGCGGCGCGGGCGUGCUCCGGGGAUUGUCUCGUGCCGCGGCGCCAAGCACGGCAGGACAUCUUGCCGUGUCUGGGUACCUGCUACGGCCACUGCGACGGCACGUGCGACGGCCUCUGCGACUCCACCUGCGUGCCCGUGGACAAGUAGCGCCGGGAUAGAUUAUCAUAAAACUUCGCGACAAAUGACCAGUUCGAGAGUCCAACACACAGAGACAUAGUGGGUUUCCUUGGGGUCAUGACACCUUCUGAUUCUCUCGUGUUAGGAAAGGAAGAUGUUAGUAUUCUAGAGCCGAUUUCACAGUCCAACACAGUGUCUUCAUAACAGCCCGAACCAAACUACAGAAUCCCAUACAAUCCAAAAUGGUGAGGUCAUCGAUGCCACACUAAAUACACAAGACCAUUCCUGUACAGUUUCAUCAAAUUUGUGAACUUAAAUAUAAACACCAGACACUAUACAAGGAAAUUUUGAAGGUUCUGGUAUUGGUUUGGGAGCUUACUAACCCGUCAUGGGGAACUGUGAAACUGGCCCACAGUCAUUGUAAGCGCCCGAACCAAACCAUAUUAUCCACAAUGAUCCGCUUUUUCUACUCAAUACCAGAUACUAAAUAGAGAUUUCAUGUGUGGGUUCCUAAAAUUCCCUCCUCCUCAUUAUAUCAUCACCUAACACCAGAGCGACAAGAAGUUUUCAUCGUAUUUUGUGUUCGGUUGGGGAGCUUACAAACUUGCUGUACUAGACUGUAAAACUGGACCAAAAAAGUGUAAGACGGGCUGUUACGCAGGGAAAUAAGGUCCAAAAUGUUACUAUGGCUGUUGUUCUCUACGUGUUAUAUAUCACAAUAGAGUUUACGAGACCUGUUGCUGUCUAUCUUAUAUAUUUUUUUUACAGCUAAGGAGACAGUUCAAGGGCGUAAAGAAAAAAAAAUUGCUCUCUGAUUUAUUGUUACAUGUUAAAUAUUACAAUAGAGUUUACGAGACCUGUUGCUGUCUAUCUUACAAAGUGCUCUCCGAUUUAUCUCUAGUUCUUGACCUGUCAUUUGCAGUAAACAAAGCAUGAUAAACGUAAUAAUAAUACUAUUACUAAUCUUAAUACAA